CAUCAUCUUCGUCAUCAUUAGUGGACAAACUACUGCCACAUGUGUCUCUUUACCGGCCCCGUCUCAAUGGGAAAUGUGUGAAAUCCACGAGCUCUCUUUCGUUAUUCCGUUUCCAUCCGUGCAGGAUUUGUAGCUGCCGUGUGUGUCUGAUCAUGGCGGAGUCUGGAGCCGAGAAGAGCCGCGGGUUACGGUUCGCCGAACGUCAGCUGCUGCGCCACGGCUGGGAGCACGGUAAAGGGCUCGGGCGAGACGAAAACGGCAUUUCUGAGGCCAUCAAAGUGAAGGUGAAAUGCGACAAAAGUGGCAUCGGGCACAAGGAGGGCGACCAGUUCACCUUUCACUGGUGGGAUCACGUGUUCAACCAGACCUCUGCCAGCCUCCAGGUGGAGUCCGACCACUCCGGCACCAAACUCCACAAAAGUGGCAGCGAAAGCGAGGGUGCCAUCUCCAACAAGAAACCACUAAAUGCCAAAUUGGCUAAAGAUAAACUGUACGGCGGGUUCGUAAAAUCGGCUACGCUAUUGUCCGGCCUGGAGCAAGCCACGAGGACAGCUUCUAGUGACAGCAGCAGCAGCUCGGACGAUGAGGACGAUGCAAAAUUGGACUUAUCCUCGACUACCAAGAUGUCCGAUGUGGAGCUGGUGAGGGCGUGCGGCGGUCGGACGGCGCACAAAGGGGCCAGGCACGGGCUGAAGAUGAGCGCCAAGCUUGCCCGUCUAGAGCAGCAGGAGGCAGAGUUCAUGGCCAAGUAUGGCAAAAAGACACAGACACCAGAACAACCGAGUGGAGAGAGCGAGGAAAACGCAAAUAACGCAGAGAAAAGGACAAAGAAGAAAAAGAAGAGGAAAGCUAGUGAGCCGAGCUGUUUGGAACCACAGGAGAGCGCAGGAGCUGAAGAGGUCACAGUUAAGCGUAAGAAGAAAAAGAAAAAGAGGGAUGCGGUGGAGGAGGAAUUACAAGUCCAGGGAGACAACGAUGCCCAAGAGAACCCACCACCACCACUUAAAAAGAAGAAGAAGAAGUCCAAGGAGUAAUGCACUAUCAGAGUUGCCUGGCAAGUCCAGAAGUGAAGGGAGUGGAGACCAAACAUACUCAGUGGUCAAACAAAAUCAAAUGUCUCAGUUUAGUUCACUCUUUAGUUCGGUUUUUCAGUCCCCUGUGAACUCUAUUUCCUUGUAAGCAGGCGUAUAAGAUUUGUUAUGGACAGAUCGUACGUGUCUCUGAUUGGCUAAUCUAACUUUCAAUCAGACCCCUCUGAACUCUGGGAGAUUCAGCUGUGACCAGACUCGCGCCUUAUUGAAGAAGUAGGUAUUCUGGAUCUCAGGCAACAAUCAGACUUUUCUUGUCUAAAUCUGAUAAUGGAUCAAAUAUUCUCAGUCAGUCAGUUAUGGUUCAUUUUCACUGAAGGUUGUAUGAAUUCUGUCUUUUGAAUAGGCAAAUGAAUUUCAUGAACACCAGAUCUGAACUGGUCCUUAGCUCUAUGAAAUGUAGAUUGUUAUAUUGGAGAGACAAAAACAUACUUAUUAAAAAGAAACAUGUAGUUUUGAAAACUUUCAUUUUAUUCAUUUUUUCCAGUGUUUUGACAUUGACACUUUUCUCUCAACUAAAAUGAUGAACUUAUUCAAACUGAUUGGUACGUUUCUCAAACCUAAGGUGUAGUAAUUAAACACUGUAAAAUAUAUAGACUGUUAAUGAUUAUUUUAGACUGUAUUUAUAUUGAUACAAUAUUUGAUCAGACUUUUAAAAUAAAAUUUUAUUGUGUCUUAUUAAAACUAA